AUGGGGCAGCAGCGCACGCUGGUCUACAGCUUCGUGGCGCGAGGCACCACUGUGCUAGCGGACCACGCCGAGGUCUCCGGCAACUUCGCCUCCGUCGCCGCGCAGUGCCUGCAGAAGCUCCCUUCCAACAACAAUCGCUUCAACUACAACUGCGACGGGCACACAUUCAACUACCACGUCCAUGAUGGAUUCACAUACUGCGUCGUUGCUACUGAAUCAUCUGGCCGACAGCUUCCAAUUGGCUUCAUUGAGAGGGUCAAGGAAGAUUUUUCCAAGAAAUAUAGCGGAGGGAAAGCUAAAACUGCUAAUGCCAAUGGCCUCAAGCGAGAAUAUGGGCCUAAACUUAAAGAGCACAUGAGGUACUGCGACCAGCACCCUGAGGAGAUUGACAAGCUUGCAAAAGUGAAGGCUCAAGUCACAGAGGUCAAGGGAGUAAUGAUGCAAAACAUCGAAAAGGUGCUAGAUCGUGGUGAGAAAAUUGAACUGCUCGUUGAUAAAACGGAGGAUCUACGAUCACAGGCACAAGACUUCAGGCAACAGGGAACAAAGAUACGGCGGAAGAUGUGGUGGGAGAAUAUGAAGAUGAAGCUCAUCGUUUUUGGCAUCGUGGUUGCCCUGAUCCUCCUCAUUGUCUUGACAAUCUGCAAGGACUUCAACUGCUGGUGA